AUUUUAAAAAGCCUUCUCUUUCCACGCCCACCAUUUCUGCUGUAUUUACGUCACAUCCUUGCGACAUCCUGUCAGUUUCAAACAUGGCUUCGUCCAGGCUAGAAAUCAAUUUUAUCAGGUUAUUGUCUCGUUGUGAAUCUAUAGCCUCGGAAAAACGAGGUGAAACGGAAUGGAGACUGGAAAAGUACGUUGGGGCGCUGGAAGAAAUGCUGGCGGCAAUGAGGAAGAGUCCGAGCAAACCCACACCAGAAGUUAUGGGUGACUAUACCCGUAAAGUGGACUUCCUGAAAGGACUUCUGGAAGCGGAGAAACUGGCAUCCCCUACUGAGAAAGCACUGGCCAAUCAGUUCCUUGCUCCUGGACGGACACCCACCAUAGCCAAUGAGAGGAUGCCAGCCAGUAAGACGGUGCACAUGCAGACCAAGGCGCGGUGCACCGGGGAGAUGAGGGAGGAGCUACUGGGCACGGGGCGGCUGAACAAAGGGUCCUCGGAAACAGACCUGCGCAACAGAAGGGGCCUGGGUCUGGACGAGCGGCAGUCUGCCUCAGAGCUGGACGCGGUGCUGCAGCAUCACCACAACCUGCAGGAGAAGCUGGCAGAGGACAUGCUCAGCCUGGCCAGGAACCUGAAGAACAACACUCUGGCUGCGCAGAACAUCAUCAAGCAGGACAACCAGACCCUGAGCCAGUCCAUGCGUCAGGCCGACGUGAACUUUGAGAAGCUGAAAAGUGAGUCUGAGCGUCUGGAGCAGCACACCAAGAAGGCCGUCAACUGGUUCCUGUGGCUCAUGCUCCUGGUGGUGUCCUUCAUGUUCAUCAGCAUGAUCCUCUUCAUCAGGAUCUUCCCCAAGCUGAGAUGAAGAGCGACUCCAGCUCAACAUCUGAACUGUGUUUGCAGCCUGCAGGCUAGCUUGUCCAUGUCUCUGUGCUCCUAUCAACAAGACUAGAUGUAGUCUCUGUUCAUAGUUAGACUGCUGGAUGCCAGCAAGGGGCUAUGUAGUAAUCAGAGAGGCUACUGGAAAGCCUUCAUGUUAACCACCAGCAGUCUGCUAGUCACCGCAUGUAGCUCAGAGAUGCCUCACCAUGAUGCAAGGGUGUGAUUGGUUGACCUGCGAUAAUAUCCCCAUGUCAUUCAUUCAUUCGCUUGUCUGGGUAAGGAGAGAUUCAGGCAAUGUUAGGAUAGUGUUUCCCCUCCAAAUACUUAAGCACUUGAUAUCCACAACCCUAAAAUAUAUAUUCACCACAGUGGCGGACCGUGCCCUCUCACCGUUUAUUCAGAGAUGGCCCUGACGGACCAUCACUGAUUCACCACAGCCCUAAAGUACGUUUGGUUUUCCUGGUUCCUCCUGAAGAUGUCUUCACUCCUCAACUUGCUUAUCCUCAGAGGUGUCAUGGUGGGUGUUUAUUAGUGUGAUGUUGGAUGCUUGUGAUGUUAACAGGUGAAAGUGGUGACCUUCUAUGUAAAAAAUGAUUGCUGUUCUGUUUGUCCCUCUGUUCCAUCCUGCACCAGUGCUUUCGGUGUUGUAGAACAGUGUGUUCAGUAAACCUUGACCCUCACAUGAUAACACUCUGGCGCCCUCUACUGUUGAAGUGUGUUGCCACUGUGGGAUGCUGCUAGGCUUGGCCAGCAGGGGGCAGCAAGGUUCCCUAUCCAUCUACAAAUAGAAGCUGCCGGAAUUAGCCAUGAUGAUUACGACCUCUCUGACCCCUGGGGAGAGAAUAGCCCUGAACCCUCCUGCCACACACACACACACACACACAUCAACCCAAAUAAACCCCAGCAUCCUGGCAGUAGCUUGGCUGUGUGGUACCACAGGGCUGAGUAGGUCGUAGCAGGCGGAGGGCUAUUCUGGUUCCAGCCAACCUGCCUGGGCUUGUUGCUGCCCCAGCAGAAGCCCCUCCUGCUGGGCUAGGGCCUGGUGUAUUUCAGACUCUCAUGGGGUAUUUCUGAUGGGUCGGAAGCAUAGUCCUAUCUGCUGCCCUACCUGUCCUGCACCCUGGGGGGCCACUCAGACCAGGACCACACUGACUCCUUCAGGGAGGAGAAAGGUAUAUUCAGCACCAGGACUAACAGUCUGGGAACCUGGACUUAUCAAUGUCAUUUAAUAAGUUGAGGUAAUUUGUUUAAUCACUGCAUUCUGUCCCUGGAUGAGGAAACCUCUGCUCUCCAUGUUGUGCCAUCUUUCUCCGUUUACCACAAGCAUAACCUUGGAGUCCUAAAUAUUUAUACUGGCUGUGACCUCAGACCACCUUGACCUAGAAAAGGUACUUCCUGUUCCUGGCCCUUGACUUCUUGUCUGCACACCCUGAUAGUGUUGAGAACUUUGGGU